GCAAGAUGGCGGCCGUCGUAGAGAGAGUCGAUGGAUGUGUCGGGUCCUUGGACUCGGACGCGAUGUCGCCGAGACAGUGCAGCCCUCCGCCGGACCAGCCGCACCAGAACAACCCGCUGCUGGGUCUGCCCAUCGUGGCCAUCGAGGCCGUCCUCAACUUCCUGUCGUACGACGAGAUCAGCCUGCUGCGCUCGGUGAGUAAGCGUAUGGACGUGAUCUGCCAGCGUGUCCUGAAUCAGGGCUUCCUGAAGGUGGAGCGGUACCACAGUCUGUGCCAGAGGCAAGUCAAAGCCCAGCUGCCCAGGCGAGAGUCGGAGAGGAGAAACCACUCGCUGGCCCGCCACGCCGACAUCCUGGCUGCCGUGGAGACGCGCCUCUCUCUGCUCAACAUGACCUUCAUGAAAUACGUCGACUCCAACCUCUGCUGCUUCAUCCCCGGAAAGGUGAUCGAUGAGAUCUACCGCGUGCUGCGCUAUGUGAACUCCACCCGAGCCCCCCAGCGAGCUCACGAGGUCUUGCAGGAGUUGAGGGAUAUCUCCUCCAUGGCCAUGGAGUACUUCGAUGAGAAGAUUGUCCCCAUCCUGAAGAAGAAGCUGCCGGGGGCCGACCUGUCCCACCGCCUCAUUGGCUCUACACCAGUGGCAGGCCCAUCUACCUCCCUGACCACCAUGUCCCUGCUGGCCAAGAACACGCCGUCGCGGUCCGAGAUGACCAAGGUGCAGCAGCAGGUGAAGAUGAACGGGGCGUCGAUGACGGUGCUGCGGAGGGAGAUGCAGGAGAUCCGGGUGAAGCAGCUGGAGCAGCAGAAGCAGCUGCAGGACCAGGAGCAGAAGCUGCUGGAACAGACCCAGGUGAUCGGCGAGCAGAACGCCCGCCUCGCCGAGCUGGAGCACAAGCUCCGCGAGCUGAUGGACAGUAGCGCCGCCGCCAUGGGAGGGCCCCGGCCCGGCGCGGCCGCCCCCGCCACGUCCAGCGGCGCCACCGUGUCUUCCACCGUGGCCACCGGCGCGUCCGGCGCCGUGUCGGCAAGCGGCGGCGUGGCCACGGCCUCUCUAUCCAGAGAGCCGGAGGGCGAGGGCUCGCUGUCACUCAAACGCACCAGAAAGCGCUCAGACCUUCCACGACAGUCCAAACGGCUGCGCAGCAAGAAAUAAGACUCAGUGUGUCAUUUAGUUAAAGCUUUCUGUUUGGUUUCCAAGUCCGACUGAUCACACCCCCCCACACACCAAGAGUCGGGAGUAUCUCUCUUCUUCCCCCCCCCCCCCCCCCCCCAAAUCAGAAUAUAGGCAGGUGGCCGCCCCGUGCGAGACUAUUUAUUGAAGCUUGCAUACAAUGACUGUAUUGCUUUAACGUAGAAGCUUUUCUCGGAGGCUUCGAUGCUUCCAGAAACUUUUGGUAUGUCUCCACCAAAAUUCAGGUGGUUGGUAAAAUUGGUCAACAGCUGUCAAGUUGUACGUGUUAUUAAUGUAAUCCCUGUUUCUGGGAAAAGGAAGAACAAAAAGAUCUGCCACGAUAUUUUAAUUUCAGAAACGUACACAAUUAUAUGAAUUGUCACAGUGAAUCAUGACGGUCCUCAACUCGAGUUCGAACCUCAUAAUAAACCAAACUGAAGUUGCAUGUUAUGGGAAAUUAGUGAUCUCCUUUCCAUUUUCACAUGGGCAGGAACUCCACGAGCGUUCAUUUCAUUUCUUCUUUCUCUGGCUAAGUGCAAUAAAAGUCAUCUGAAAAGUA